AUGAGUGAAUCAAAAACACUGACCGAAGUAUUGGCCACUCUGCAGCGUGAAGGAGUGAAGGUUCCUCCACCUCCAAUCGCACCAUACAAAUCUCAUAAAUUGGGAUAUCAAUUCAAACAACCAUCCACUCCAAGCGAAAAGUUUGUUAAUAAUUCUUUGUAUUCUGCAUUUUGGGGAUUUGGAGCAGGAACCAUUGUUGCUUGGUUCUAUGACUACAAAAAAGUCACUCGUAUGCCAUACACAAAGGCUCUUGCCCUUCACGCUAAAACUAUCCGAGGCCCAUUCGCUUUAGUAUCAUCAAUUGGAGUCACUCACUCAGCUGUUAGUUGCUUAUUGGAUGUUUAUAACUCUGGAGGAUACAACAGAUUUGAAAAGGAACAAACUCUUGGACAAAAAACACUUUCAGCAUUUGCAGCUGGUUCUGUGAUUGGAGUAUUCAAAGCCAGUCCUUCCACGGCAAUUGGUUUCGGAACUUUAUUCGCUGGAGUGUCGCUAGUUUUCAAUUAUUACACUGACAACUUCUUACCUGAUGACAAAGCAAAAAGAUCUCAAUUGUUCAAUGAAAGAUUUGUCAAGUCAAAUGAGCCAGCUCCAGACCAUAUGCGUCCUGAGAAUAUCAAUGGAGACAAGCUUUUUGUGGGAUCAGCCUUUUUUGAAGAAUCAAAAGCAAGAAAGAAAAAUACUUCUACAGUACAAUUCGAUGAGCAAUAG